AUUGGUACUUAUUUUACUAUUCCAGUAUUGGUGAUUUAUCUUAAUCGUGAAGCUUACAUAUGUUUAUUUUGAUGAUACUCUCUUGUAUAAUCUUGUUUCUGAAAUACCAGGAGAUUAAUUAUAUAUCCAAAAGGGAAAAGGACAAUGGGAGUGGAUAUAUUUCGAUGUACGUUGAAACAGAUAGCACAAGCGAAGUGUUUGCAUAUCUCACCUUCUUUGUCUAUAACAAGAAAGUAAACACAAAUACUUCUGUAUCCAAGAUACACAAGUGAAGCGUUUUAAUGCACUGAAGAAGGUAUGGGGAUUUCUCAAAUACUUCCACUUGAGUUAUUCAACGAUCCUAAAAAUGGAUAAAUAUUUGAGGAAGAUCACUGCGAAUUUGGAGUUGAUGUGACGAUUGAUUCAACCCUUACCAACUGGGAAAUCGUCUCGUUUAAUGAGAAUUUCUGUUUUUCCAAAUUCUUGUUUAAUAUCAAGAAUUUUACGAUGUUGAGAGAACAUUUUUAUUACAUGACUAAGACAUUUUCAGUGGGAGGAAAGACAUGGUUGCUAACGCUUCAUCGCAAGCGCUUCUCUACAUUAGACGACAAAUGGAUCUCCAUUUUUCUGCAUCUGGCCGACAAUGAAAGAUUAUUACCAGAUGAGAGGAUUUACACGCGUGGUCAUUUCCGAGUUCUAGACCCAUGUGGAUCAAAUCACAUCACAGAGAAAUUUAUCUGCUGGCACGAUCAAUCAAACUCAGGUUUUGGUCACGACAAAGUGGUGUCAAUGGCUAAGCUCCAGGAGGUUUACUUGGACGAAGAAGACACUUUGAGCGUAGAGAUUGAAUUUGAAGUUAUCUCUGCGACCAAUUACUCUCCCAUUAUCUAAGCUCUCCUACUUCCCCCUUUCCCCAAACCCAUUUGUUGUUACUCUUUCUG